AUGCUGGCGCCGACAACAUGCCUGCUGGCGAUGGCAGCGAGCGUGAGCGGCUUCGUCAUGCCGUCUCUCUCGCCCAUGCAGGGUUCUCGAUCCUCCUCUUCCUCCUCCCUCCUCCAGACCCUUCGUCCUCGUGCGACGUCCUCUCUCCUCCGGACGUUCCAGAAGCCGUCGAGAGCCGCGUGUGCCUGCAAGAUGUCGAGCGGCGACGUUUCUUAUACGAGAGCAAAUCAGCUGGCGAAAGAGCUGGAGGAGGAGCUUCCUUCGCUCUUCGACCUCUCCUACGAGCCGAAAUGGGACUUGUACGACAAGAAGGUAUCCUACUGCAUCCAACGCUGCCGUGAUGGGGCUGAUGGGAGUGCGGAGGUUGCUUUCCGAGACCCCUUGAACAAGUUCGAGGGCAUCAAGAAGUAUCAGGACAACAUCCAGAUGUUGAAGGACUCGCCGUUGUUCACCGACGGAAAGAUGGACUUGCACCAAGUAGAAGUCGUUGAUCCCAACACGGUCAUCACGCGUUGGACCCUAGGGAUGACGUUCAAGGCCUUCCCCUGGAGGCCGAGGCUAGAGUUCACCGGCAGCACCAAGUAUGUACUGGACGCGGACAGCGGCCUCGUCGUCGAGCACAUCGACGAGUGGGACUCCAUUGCCAACAACCAGCCCAUCUCGGCUGAGGGCCUGGCGGAUGUCGUUUCUCAGCUGCUCCCCAACCCUUUGCAGGGCGGAGGGGAGGAAGUCACCAAGUACAGCCUUAUCCGAAGUCGGAUAGAAGUCAGGAGAUACGAAGCCUUCACCAUGGUGCAAUCGGAGACCGGCUCCGUCUACGACAAGGACUCUUACCUCUUGACAACGGACCUCCUGCGCAAGUUCAGAGGAGACGCCCUCACCAAACCCUCGAACUCGCUCGGCCAAGUCCUGCCAGUCACUGAGCCUCAGCUCCAAAUGGAUUCAGGGAAGCAAGACAGCUCCUUGGAGUGGAGGAAGAGAUCUCUCAAGCCGUCGGGGAUCGCGGGGCUGCAGCUCGUUGAAGUUCCGGAAACUCUCGUGGCCACUCUUGCUGUUCGAGGAUUCGGAGCUGAUCGCUCAAGAAGUGAGCAGGCGCUCCUGGGUGCAAGGGAGGAGCUCGCAACUCUUGUGACGAGGAAGGGCUUUGAGAUUCUCGAGGACAAGGAUGCUUUCACCAUCGCAUCGUUCGCCGACGGUUAUGAGAUCUGGUUGCGGGUGAAGGAGAAGUAA